CCAUCCCAUCCCAGCAACCAUGUCGGGCAAAGGAGCGCGCGAGUCCGUGUUCCCUACGCGCAUGACGCUCAACACGACCAAGCAGCGACUCAAGGGAGCUCAAACGGGUCAUUCGCUGCUCAAGCGCAAAGCCGAUGCCUUGACCAAACGUUUCCGCACCAUCACAUCCAAGAUCGACGAAGCAAAGAGAAAGAUGGGCAGGGUGAUGCAGCUGGCAAGUUUCAGCUUGGCAGAGGUUCAAUAUGCUACGGGCGACAUCGGUUACAUGAUCCAGGAGAGCGUCAAGAGCGCCACAUUCAAGGUUCAUGCCAAGCAAGAAAACGUCUCUGGUGUCCUCCUGCCCGCUUUCGAAGCUGUGCCCAGUCAGAGCGGCGCUGGUGCUGCUGAAUUCGCCUUGACAGGUCUAUCGAGGGGUGGUCAGCAGGUUCAGAAAGCUAGAGAGGUCUACACUCAGGCUCUCAAGACGCUCGUAGAGCUAGCCAGUCUUCAGACUGCCUUUGUCAUCCUGGACGAGGUCAUCAGAAUGACAAACAGGCGUGUCAAUGCUAUCGAGCAUGUCAUUAUUCCCAGGCUGGAGAAUACAAUCUCUUACAUUUCCUCCGAGCUGGACGAAAUGGAUCGAGAGGAGUUCUUUAGGUUGAAAAAGGUGCAGGGCAAGAAGAAGAGGAAUGCGGAGCUGGCUGAGAAUGAGAGGAGAGCUGCAUUGAUGCGCGGUGAAGACCCGGAAGAAGAGGAGCAAGAGAGAGGCGAAAAGGGAUCAAGGGGCGGAGGAGGCGGUGACUUGUUGAGCGGCGGUAAGGAUGAUGACGUCAUCUUUUAAGGUGGGCCGCUGGAAAGCUCUUUCCUCGUUGUCGGGACCACUGAACCGGGCCGAGCUUCGUGUGCCGCCUCAAUCUUUGGUCGUCACGCGAUCGCUUUCCGCUUUCGCACGUCGCUCUCGAAUCUGUCCAGCUUCUCUAUCGCAACGAUACUUUUUCACGGG